UGCUUGGGCGAGCCUCAGACCAACUGGUACCGGGACGCUUCUUCCGGUCGCGUAGCCACCACGUCUGUCUUCACACCACCUGUCGCGGGUCCUACAUCUUCUGGAAGCGUUAGUUCCGCUGCACCUGCUGCCACUCCUACUGGUGUUUCUACCGACGCUACCUGCGGAGGUACAUCUGGCUUCACCUGCCUUGGUACGACCUCUUAAUUUGGACUACAAUCAACCCCGCUGACAUGCACGCAGGCUUCGCCCAAGGCGAAUGCUGCUCUCGCUACGGCUUCUGUGGAAACACCGACGGUCACUGCGGAGUAGGCUGCCAGGCCGGUUUCGGAAAGUGCGGUAACUCUGCCUCUGCCUCUCCCUCUUCAGGUGCCCCGGCAUCAUCAUCUGGAACCGGCGCUGCAUCCCAACCCGCAUCUACCGGCGCAUCUUCAUCCGCAUCUGCUCCUACCUCUGCACCCAGCGGUCUCGUAACCACCACAGACGGUUCCUGCGGAGGCACAUCUGGCUUCACCUGCGUUGGUUUCGCAGACGGAGAAUGCUGCUCUCAGUACGGCUACUGCGGUAAGACCACCGACUACUGUGGAACGGGCUGCAACCCUCUGUUCGGGAACUGCGCAGGAUCCUCUGGUGCAUCAUCUGCCGCCCCAGUAUCUUCAAGCGCUGCGGCUUCCACUGCGGCCCCUUCGACCGCUGCCCCAACUACCGUAGCCACAUCUACCCGUCCCGUUAUCACCAGCACCAGCACCAGCACUCGCGCGACUGCCACCAGCACACGCACUUCGUCCGCCCCCGCUGCUACUUCCUCCGCCGCGGGCCUCAAGGUCAGCAAGAACCGCAUGUGUGGCGCGCGCAGCCAGCAGACGUGCAAGGGCUCUGCUUGGGGUAACUGCUGCAGCCCAGCUGGCAUCUGCGGAAACAGCCUGCUGUCCUGCAUGAAGAUGUUUGGAUGCCAGCCUGGUUUCGGAGACUGUCGGUAGAUGUGUUUGGAUGUUAUUGUCUUCAAUUCUUAUGUAUUCUAGUUUUGGGGAGUAGAUGGUAGAUGGGGGU